UUUUGAUAUUGAUAUUUAUAAUAUACUAGGCAACAAUUCGUACCUGCAUCUUCGCAGUAUUCCUUCAGCAUUCGUUCUUCCUCACUCAUCUCGAAAGCGUAAACCACACACCUUAACCUUCACUCAUCAAUGGCGGAUUUCGAUUCCAGGGUUUUGCAUCAAUUUGGUUACAACGGUGACAGCACAUCUGAAUCCAACGAAUCCGCUGCCUAUGCGGAGAUUGUUGUAAUACGUCAUGGUGAAACAGAGUUUAAUGCCACGAAGAGAAUGCAGGGCCAGCUGGAUGUUGAAUUAAAUAAUGUUGGGAGGGCGCAAGCAACUGCAGUAGCUCAUCGAUUAUCUAGGGAGCGUAAGGUCUCUAUUGUAUACUCGUCUGACUUGAAGAGAGCCCUUGAUACAGCAGAGGCAAUAGCAAGCAGCUGUGGCGGUUUGGAGAUUAUUAAAGAACCGGACCUACGGGAAAGACAUUUGGGAGAUCUUCAAGGUCUUGUACACCAUGAAGCGGCCAAAGUUUGUCCCAAGGCUUACCGAGCUUUUUCAUCUCGUAGGACAGACCAAGAAAUCCCAGGUGGUGGAGAAAGUCUUGAUCAACUUUAUGACCGCUGCACAUCUGUACUGGAGAGAAUUGGUAGCAAGCAUAAAGGAGAGCGAGUAGUCAUGGUCACUCAUGGUGGUGUCAUUAGAACACUUUAUGAGCUGGCUUCCCCAAGUGGGCAGCCCGGUAGGGUACUGAACACGUCUGUCAACAUAUUUCACUUGUCUGAUGGGGAUAUUUGGACCAUAAAGUCCUGGGGUGAUGUUAGUCAUCUUAGCCAAACCGAAUAUCUGGAGUCGGGUUUCGGUGGGGACACAACUUCUGAAAUAUUUGCUUUUACAGGCUUGUUACUAACUAUAAAUGCGCGUUAUAAGAGAGACUUCUUCCACAGGAGUUGGGUGUUGCUUCUAGAUGCUUCCAUUAAGUGGGGUCCACUCAUUCAUGUGAACUUUAUUAGGGUAGUUAUCAAUCAAAUUCGGUUCUGCUACAGACCUCGAGAGAUAGAGGUGCGAAUGGCUUGAAUUGAGCUGGUAGUCCAUUCUUGCACCAAACCCUGUGUACAUUUCACGCGCCUUGAAGACCCAAGAGAAAACAAAUCAGCGUAUUUAGGAGAUAGAGAGAGAGAGAUGACCACGACCCAGAGGGCUUGACCCCGACGACGACGACGACGACCUAGGUGGCCAUCGACGACGAAGAAGAUCCAAUUCCUCUAGUUUCUCUGAAAAUUUCAGCCUCCACCCACUAAGAAGCAACUGAUUCAUGGGUUAGUAUUGAGGUAUUGCUUCAAACAUAUUCUUUGCUUUACAUUGGUUGACAUUUUCUUAGUCUAUGAUUUUGCUCCUGUUUGCUUCAUAUCACCAGGCCCCUUAAUUUGUUUCAAACAUGAUUUUGGUAUUUUUGUAUUGAUUCACUCUAUGUGUUUGUUGAAAGUCUACAUAGAAAGAUUUUUUUUGGUUAUUGAUGCAUUCUUUCUGUAUUGAUGCAUUUUGUGGAUUUGAGGCCAUUUUCUGAGUGAACAUUUUCUUCUUCUUUUGGGAUGUAUAUGAUUUGUGGAAGCUCCAGUCAAUUUCAUUCAUCUGAAAAUAUUUUGUCACUUGUUCUUUUUCCCUUUGUGAAUAUUUUGAAUGUUUUCUCUGUUGCUAUUAUUGUUGAUUUGCCAUUGGCCAUUUAUGCAUGAUGCUGCUAUUAAUGUCUAGCAAAUGCUUAUUUAAUGCUUUGUUUCCAUCCUCUUUCAGUAAUUAGAUAUAUUCUCAUUGCUCACUGCGGCUAAUGUGAAUGGUUUGUCAUUACCCCAUCUUUACUUGUCAAGUUCAUAUAGGAGAUUUUUGUAAUUCUUUAUCUUAGAAGUAUUCUAUAAUUUUUCAAUUUUUUGCCUAGGAGU